AUGACAAAGUUACAAUCUUCCAAUGUCACGGUGAUUGGUGUCAUGCUCAUCUUGACGACGACAAUCGUUUUCAUGGGUGGAAAGCCAAUCCACGAGUUGCACUUGUUGGAUACGGAGAAAUUCUAUUUUUCUCCCUUCGUAUUCAUCAUCUUCAACUUAUUCAUGUGCACUGCCACUGUUCCGAAGGGGUCGGAUAUUGAGCAUCAAAAAGUUCGCCCGUUGCCUACAAAGGAAAAACGGGGGUACAUCAUGGGACUCCUUAUGAUUAUUUUUGUCUCUAUCGGAGCUCAAAUCAUUUUUUGGAAUAUUGGUUGGGAGAGACAACGCUCCUUCAACGUCUUCGCAAUCUCCAACGUGUUCAUGACAUCGUGCUUCAUGUUCUUCGUCUCACACAGAAUGGAAGACGUCUACACGACAUCGUACAUUCAAUUCAGCAUUCCACUUUUUGUCUGCCCUGCUACAUACUUUUUUUUCAAAUUCACCACCCCAAGUGAUAGCUGGCUGUACCACUUCUACUACAACAUCUUUAUUAUCACUUGCAUCAUUGAAAUCUACGCUGCUCUUGCUGGACAACUCUAUCAAGCUAUUCCAAAAGAAGUCCAAGAGAAGCCCCACGUUAGAGUAUUGCCAAAUAAACCAGAUGAGAGCUCGGAUAGUGAUUGGGAGAAGGUUUCAGAUGAGGAAGAGGACGACUACGAUAGUGCCGAAGACGAUGAAAUCAAAGAUGAAAUUUUAAUUGAAAUCUAA